AUGUCUUGGUCAACUCCAACGACACCAUCUGCGACCACACCUACUUCCGUCUCCUCUCCUCACAUUUCUUUCCAUCCAUCUAAUUCCGACUACUCCAUGCAACCAUCUCUCCCUACCUACCAAUUGUAUCAACCAAUAAUUUCUAUUCCCCAAAUGUCAUCUCGUAGAAACGGUGUUAAUACGCAGAUAUUUCCGGGCGGAAUGGGAGAAUUUGUAAAUAUGACAUCAAGAAUGGUACCUCAACAACAAGGAUUGUAUCUGGCACAAGGUAUGGCACAGAGUGGGGUUAUUGACAUUGAUAAAAGGCCGCCAAAGUCAACGGAGUUGUUUGAUCCUAAUGGAAACGGACGGAGUAUUUCGAAUGCAGGCUCUGUUUCUUUAUCGACUACUACAAGCCAGAGCCCAGUCGUCUCACCUGGGAAUUUAGGUGUGUCGUCACCAACAUGGUUAGCCACUCCAAACAACAAGCAAACCCCAUCCAACAGCCUACUUCAGCCGCGGAGAAAACAUAGUAACAGUAAUACCAACAAUAGUGAUAAUUAUACCAACAGUAAUGACAAUACUAACACAACAAAUGUACUCGAUGGAAGUAUGAUGCGUUCACUAAGUCUGACCUCACCAUCAGUAGGGCCUCAAGGGAGAAAGGAGUUUGGACAGAUGCAUAGCCGGUCGGCUUCGGCCUCGCCAGGUAGUGUUGGGAAGAAGAAGGAGCAAUCAGGACUGUUGUUUGAUUAUUCGGCACAAGCACCCUAUGAGGGUGUCAAGCCUAGUGACGCCAACAAACCACCGCAACCAGGUCACAUUUUAGAACUGUACGAUUUUGCUGAAAGUGACUCACUUGAAGACGUCACUUUCUCAAACGCAACCAUGAAACGCAUUCCUCCUAUGGUGCCGACAUCUAAGAGACCCACAAUUUUGGUGGUAUUUAAGACUUCUCGCGAGGCUAACGAGGUCUUGCAAAGUAGACAUGGAGAGAGGUUCAAAAUUAAGAUGUGGGCACCGUUACCGUUGCCCAAGAGCUCUGUUGGAAGUGUCACAAGUGGAAGUGGGGAAUAG